AUGCCAAAUUCCACGACGAUGCUGGAAUUUCUCCUCAUGGGUUUUUCUGAUGUAUGGGAACUAAGGGCUUUGCACACCAUCUCCUUCUCUCUGAUGUAUUUGGUGACAUUAAUGGGGAACAUUCUCAUUGUUACUGUCACCACCCUUGACAGGAGCCUUCACACACCCAUGUACUUCUUCCUCAGAAAUCUGUCCAUCCUGGACGUGUGCUACACAUCUGUAACAGUGCCUAACUCAUGCAUCAACGCCUUGCUUGGCAGCAGGACCAUUUCAAAGGCUGGAUGUGUAGCUCAGGUCUUCCUGGUGGUUUUCUUUGUGUAUGUGGAGCUUCUGCUCCUCACCAUCAUGGCCCGUGACCGCUAUGUGGCCAUCUGCCAGCCCCUCCAUUACCCUGUGAUCAUGAGCCCUCGGGUCUGUGUCCAGAUGACCCUGGCAUCUAUCCUCAGUGGUCUCGCCUAUGCAGGUGUGCACACAGGUAACACAUUCCGGCUUUCCUUCUGUCGGUCCAACGUGGUCCACCAGUUCUUCUGUGACAUCCCCUCCCUGCUGAGGCUCUCCUGCUCUGACACCUCCAGCAGUGAGAUGAUGGUCGUGGCCUCUGGCCUGGGGAUUGGUGGUGGCUGCUUCAUCUACAUCAUCAAGUCUUACAUUCACAUAUUUUCCACUGUGCUCAAGUUUCCAAAUGGAGCAGACAGAACAAAGGCCUUCUCCACCUGUGUCCCCCACAUCCUCGUGGUGUCUGUCUUCCUCAGCUCCGGCUUUUAUGUGUAUCUGAGGCCAUCCACCAUCUCUGCCACCAUCCAGGACAUGGUCUUCUCUGUUUUCUACUCCAUCAUCCCCCCACUCUUCAACCCUAUUAUCUACAGCCUUAGAACUGAACAAAUAAAAUUUGCCAUCAAGAAAAUCAUGAAAAGAAUGUCUUACUCAGGAAGGAAAUGUCGAGGGUAA